AUGGUUAUGACCCUACCAAGACCUCCUGUACGUGACGACCCAAAUGAAGACACAGAGUGGAAUGACGUCCUGCGCAAGAAAGGUAUCCUUCCUCCAAAGGAAAACCUGGAGGAACUGGAGCGUGCCAAGGAAGAGGAGCAGCUUGCCAUCCUUCAGAAGUCUCUCGUGAAAACUUAUGAGGACAUGACUCUGGAAGAGCUAGAAGAGAAUGAAGAUGAGUUUAAUGAGGAAGAUGAGAAAGCUAUUGAAAUGUACAGACAGCAGAGGUUAGCAGAAAUGAAAGCAGCUCAAAUGAAGAAUAAAUUUGGUGAAGUUUUGGAGAUUUCGGGAAAAGAUUAUGUACAAGAGGUUACAAAAGCUGGAAAAGACAUAUGGGUAGUCCUGCACCUCUACAAACAAGGAAUUCCACUCUGUGCCUUAAUAAAUCAACAUAUGAGUGGGCUUGCAAAGAAGUUCAGAGAUGUGAAAUUCAUCAAAGCUAUCUCUACCACCUGCAUUCCCAACUACCCUGAUAAGAACCUGCCUACAAUAUUUGUCUACCUGGAGGGAGACAUCAAAGCUCAGUUCAUUGGGCCUUUGGUGUUCGGUGGCAUGAACCUGACAAGGGAUGAAUUGGAGUGGAAGAUUUCAGAGUCCGGUGCCAUCAAGACAGACCUUGAGGAAAAUCCCAGGAAGCAGAUUCAGGACCAGCUCAUGUCCUCAAUCAGGGCUGGUGUCCCAGCCAGGGGGGAGAGUGACUCAGAGGACGACUAAUGCCUAUGGUGGCAUCAAGUUCAAUACAGUGCACUUGCACUGGAAAUGGUCAUCAAGAUCUUGCUGAGCCCCAGAAGGAUAAUAUUUCAAGGAAACCAUCUGUCUGGAAACUUCUAGAAACUAAAGAA